UUUUCUUUUUUUUUUUUUUUUAAUCGAAAUUAUGUAAUUAUUGCAAUUUGUUCGUGAAAAUUUUAUCUUUAUAUGUGAAAAAUCUUUUUCAAUUAAAACUAUAGAAUAUAUAAAAUUAGAUUUUUAAGAUAAAUUAUUUUUAUAAUAAACAUUUAAAAUUUUAUUCUACAAUUUGAAAUUGGAAUUUGUAGAUAGAUAUAUUUUUUUAAGAUUAAUUUCUUCUUAAUUCUAAGUUAAUAUUUAUAUUUCAGUAUAACUGUAGUUAGCACAAUUACCACUUAAUAUUGCCAUAUAUUCUACAACAAUAAUUCAUUCAAUAUAAUUUUUCUUUAACUUUAUUAGAUAUUCAAGAUAUUCUUUAUCUUUCAUUUCUCAACAAAUAUUAUCCGUCUUUCUUCAUAAGGAGAACAAUCAUAAAAUAUAAAGCAAAAGUUAUAAAAUCUAAGUACUUUGUGUAAGUAUAUAGAAUGUAAUAUUUUACGAGGUAAAGAAUGGAAAUAUAGUAGGUAAUAGGAAUGUCCUCUAUUUUCAAUGCAGAAAACGUGCCACGUACUUAAAAGUCUCUCAAAGAACAUAAAAUAAAAUCAAACUGAAUACAUAAUGAAUAUAUAAUGAGCAUAGAAAUUUAAAAUAAACCUAACAUUAGUUCCAUAUUAAGAUUCGACAAAAUCAAAUAAAACUUGACCAAACUUUUCUCUUCUUCUAUGUUUAAAAUAAUUUUACAUAUAAUUAUAAUAAUUAACGUAAUAGAAUUCUUUAGCAAACAAAUAAAAUAAAAGUUUAAUAAAUUUUUCGCAAUUAAUCUUAAAGAAAAAUAAUUAUCAUAAAAUUAAUUUUAGUGAUAUGUUUCAUAUUAUAUUUAUUUCUACUAUACUAUUAAUUUAUUACAAAUUAAAAUACAUCGAAUGAUUGAUUUAUGUUUAAUGAAAUUAUGACAUGUAUAAUAUAAAUAUAUCUAUCUUCUAUCAUAAACGAAUCUAGUAAUUUUCGUUUCGAGACCAUAAUCUCGUUUUUUACAAUAGUUACAUCCAUUAAAUGUUCGAGAUCGUUUUCUUUGACAUUUAAUAGCCUUUCUCAUAUGGUUCACCGUUAAGCGUACGUAGUUAAAUCUUCACGAAAGAAACUGUUUCAAUGCCUUUUGUUCUCAUUACCUACUUUUCUUCCCGGAGCAGACCCAAAAAAACGACGGGCAAGGCUACGAAAAAGAAUAUUGAUCAAUCGUGUAACGGAAUGUUCCGUUUACUGUUUAAUGUUUCGUGCGCAUGCGUAUACGCGCGAAGUUUCAAAAAAGAUGAUGGGCCAAAAAAACGGGGAGAAAGAAAAAAGGAACAAACAAAAAAUUCGAACAAGAAAAAAAAAAGGAACACGAAAAGGAGGACGAAGUGAUAAAGAGCCAAGUGAAUAAAUAAGAGAGAAAAGUCAGUCUUGCCCUCUGCUCCCUUCUCCUCCUCUUUUCAGUAUAUAACAUCAUUUUGUCCAUUCACCGUUCCUGGUCGUGAGCCCAAUGUCAUCGAUUAUUCGUUUAACGGGAUCUACACGUUCACGGUGGUGGUCGUCCAAUCGCUAGUUAAGGGGGUUUUGGUCUUCGGUUGAAGAGUUCAGUUGAAGAGUACAUUGUUACGUGUGAACAUCGAAAGAUACAAAGAUCAAUCAAUUCCGAGAUUUGGUUUUUUCGUGAUUUUUUAGUGCUCGCUUUUUUCUCCUUUCGUAAAUUUACAUGUACAUGUGACGCAAGAAUCAUAUUUCUUCGUGAUAUCUCUUUGUAAACUUUGUGUCAUUAAAACCGCGCAAUCACCACGUGGUCUAAGCAGACGAUACUUGACAUCUGAGUAUAUAUUGUAUGAAAGUUUGCAUCGAAUAUAAUAUUCUACUCGUCAACAGUGUUUAAUUUCUUUUUUGUCUUUCGCAUUGAAUUAUUACAAAUAAAAAUUUUCAAUCAAUAAUAUCACAUUUUUAUACUUAAACACAGCACAAAGUAUUUAGAUCCUGAUAAUACUUUAUGAAUAUUUACAUUAAUAUUACAAAAAUUUGAUUGUCUAAUAGUGAUUCUAACGAUUAAAAAUUUAAAUUAAAAAAGAUCGUAAAAAGAAAAUUUAUUCAAAUCGAGAUCUGUCGAAAAGAGUGUAAAAAUAAAUUCAAAAAAGAUCGAAGAUAGAGUAAGAACAAAAGAUAAAAAAGCAUAACUGGAAAGUUUAAGGAACAGAUCUCGAUGUGUGCUGUGUAAUUACGUAAAGAGAGGAACUGACGCAUUUUGCAUAUUUAUUAUUCGUGAAGAAAGGAUUUGCUGUUGGCAAACGUAUUUCGCGAUAAUUCGUUCAAGUUCAAUCGUCAGCUUAAAAUUCAUAUUUCGUUAGCAAAUUAUUGAACGAGCGUUAUUAACGAUUAAUUUAAAAAAAAUAUAAUUCAUUUAUUUAAAAACGAAUUUUAUUUUAACCGGUUCAACACGGGGUCUUUACUAUCAAAUGAAUUAUUGGAACACCGAGAAAAGGAUGAGGUAGUAAAAUUAGUCAGUACAAAAAGUCAUGGAACGACUCCAUUAGUUAUAGCUUGUCGUAAUGGACAUUAUGACGUGGCUGAAUAUCUUAUUGAAAAAUGUGGGGCAAAUGUUAAUCAACCUGGUUUAGUGAUGUUUGAUGGCGAAAUGAUCGAAUGCGCAUCACCUCUGUGGUGUGCUGCAGCUGCUGGUCACUUGGCUUUAGUUAAAUUACUAGUGAAGCAUGGUGCACGAGUGAAUUCAAUCACUCAAACACAUUCCACACCCCUACGAGCAGCUUGCUUCGAUGGUCAUUUCGAUAUUGUUAGAUUUCUUGUGACUCACGGUGCAGACAUUGAGAUGUCAAAUCGUCACGGUCAUACAAGUUUAAUGAUUGCCUGUUACAAAGGUCACAUUAAAAUUGUCAAGUUCCUACUUGCUUUAAAAGCAAACGUGAACCGAAAAUCUAAGAAGGGUAAUACGGCACUUCACGAUUGCGCUGAAAGUGGAUCCUUAGAAGUCGUCAAGGUACUCAUCGAGCAUGGUGCCCGAAUGGGCGUGGACUCCUACGGGAUGUCACCACUCCUUACGGCAGCAGUAACAGGCCAUAAGCACAUUGUCGAAUAUUUUAUUAGUAUACCAAACUUAGUAAGUAGAAAGGAACGUAUAGAUGCAUUGGAAUUAUUAGGUGCCACAUACGUAGAUAAAAAGAGAGAUAUGAUGGGGGCACUUGAAUGUUGGAAACAAGCGAUGGACGAGAGAUAUCGAGGUGAUCCAGUAAUACCGAAACCACCACCAUCACCCGUUGUAGCUGCUUACGACUUCGCACGAGAAAUUACUGAUCCUGAUGCUUUAAAUGGAUUAUUAAACGACCCAGAUGAAAUGCGAAUGCAAGCACUUGUAAUUAGAGAACGAAUAUUAGGACCAGCUCAUCCCGAUACUAGUUAUUAUAUUCGCUACAGAGGAGCAGUAUAUGCAGAUGGUGGAAUGUUCAAUCGUUGUAUAGAACUUUGGAAUUAUGCUUUGGACAUGCAGCAGAGUAUGCUGGAACCACUCGAUCCAAUGACUCAAAGUUCACUCUUUAGUUUUACCGAACUUUUUAGUUUUAUGAUAGGUAGACAAAUAAAUACAGGGCGAAGAGUGCCGCCCGUUCAAAGAGAAGAACUUCUUAGAGUGUUUAAGAAAGCUGUGUUGGAAGUGAAAUUGGGAAAACAAAUGAUGGAUAAAGGACCAACUCGUGGACGUGAUAUUGUGUAUUUGGAUAAAGUUCUUUUAACUACUUUACAUCUAGCAAGUUUAUUAACUCAUGAAAUGCCAGAAAAAGAUACUGCAGAAUAUACUGCAUUACAUCAAGCACUCUAUGAAUUAGUUCGAAUAAAUGCCAAAGAUAGAAACGGUGGAAAUGUACUACAUUUAGUGUUUCGUGAAAGGCAUAUUGUACUUGGGGCUGGUCCAAAAUCUCCAACUUAUAGGUUCCCUUCACCAAAUUUAAUAAAAGCUCUUAUAAGAGUUGGAGCUGAUGUAACAGCAACAGACAUGACCGACAAUACAGUAUUACAUCUUGCUGCCUAUCAUUAUCCAUCACUUGAUCUUUUUACUAUUCUUCUUGAUGCUGGUGCUCAUAUCGAUGCUGUUAAUAAAUCUGGUGAUACAUUUGAAAAGUUAACAUGGCGUAAACGCCCUUAUGACGCAGUAUAUCUCGUUAAAUACACUACACUUGCCUGUUUAGCAGCCAGAGUAGUUAGAAAAACAUAUGAUAUUUCAUUUGUUCCAAAAAAUCUUCAAGAUUUCGUUCUAAUGCACUAGUGUUAUUAUAUAACAGGCUGUCAUUUAAGAUGCCACGAGAGAUAUUUAUUUGUUAUCUAAAUGAUAAGAAAAAUCGACGAUAAAAGUUUUAUAUCUUUCGAAAGUGCAAAAUUAGUGUUAGAACAUUUUCGAAUACGAGAGAGUAUCAAAUUUAUCUUUAAAAGAAAAUUGUUAUAUACACGAUAAAUCGAUACAUAUAAUGUAUGCUGUCAGUACCAUUUUGUUAAAUCUGAAUUUUAAAUAUUUCAAUUUGAAAUUAUUUUGAUGGCUCAAAUAUUGUUCUUAAUGCUAAGAAGAAAUUAUAAUUUAAAUAGUAUAUUGAAAUUUAAAUUAAUUCAAAAAUGUUUUUGAAUUAUUAAUCAUUGGAUAUUAAUUAAACAAAACAUUUGAUAUUAACUGGUGGUUUAUUAUGAUUUAAAAAUAUCAAUUGCUAUGAUUUUAUUACUUGGCUGACAGCUUUUCCCUUAUACAUAAACCCCAUUACAAGCCAUAAUAUACAUGUUGCAUUGAUAACAUUUAAUUAUAACUUGAAUAUAUUAAAUUGAAAAAUUGUAUAAUCAUAGAAAUUAUUUUUAUUCUCACUGUUAUAUGAAAAUAUUCAUAUAUGAAAAAAUAAAAACAGGAAUAAGAUUCUGUAAUACACUUUUUGAUAUAGCAUAGAUUAACUUAUACUACUACUUCCUACAAAAAAAAUUAUAUACUUUUAUAUUAGAAAGAUAAGGAAAAGCGAAGUUAUAAAUUAAAAUUUUUCAGUUAUAAAAUUUUUAUUUUACAUACAAAUGUAAGUGUUUUUAUUUUACUAGACAUUAUUAAAAUGUAUUUGAAAUUUAUUACUUAAAACAAUUUGCUAAUAGAAACAUUUAAAAUUGCAUUCAUAUUAUAUUAAUUUUAUAAUCUUUAAGGUUACCUUUAUUUAAAAUGUGAUAAAUAUACAUAUACAUAAUAAAUAUUAUAUAGAUUAUAUAUAAGAAUUAAAUAUGCGAGGUGUGUUUUAGUAAGGUGCUUUUUUUGAAAAUAAACAAAUACACUUGACACUAAAUAGCACGAUUGUAACAAUUUCCUCACAAUAAUGCAUCUAGAAUUUAUAAUUUUAUUAAAAUCUUGAUGUAAUUUUUGUACUUUUGGAACACCUUUCUGUUUUAGUAAUUACAUUCACGCACUUUUUAUUCUUACACAGACACUGCAAUUCUCUACAAAAAAAGUAUCUUACAUUCAAAGUCACCCAAUUUAACUGUUUUAUAAUAUGAAGACUGUGGAAAUACAGGUGUGAUUAAUAAUA